UUAAGACUGGCAGUCAGGUCUAAAGCCUGGAGUGCCUCACAAUCAGAAUGGAUUCUGGCAGGACAAUGUGUACAAACAGAGGAAAAAGAACGAAUUGGUCGAUUCGUAUUCAGGAAGGAUUCCAAGUCUUCUAUGAUAGGUCGUUUGUUGAUCAGAGUAGCUACAUCACACAUAUUAGGCAUUCCAUAUACUGAUAUAAAGUUGGGACGUACUGAAAAGGGGAAACCAAUACUACUAAAUGAUCUGCCACCAGAAUUCAGCAACUACAACUUUAAUAUUUCACAUCAAGGAGAUUAUGUUGUCUUAGCAGCAGAAAAACAACAUCAAGUUGGUAUUGAUGUAAUGGAUUCACAAUCACAAAGAGGUACCUCUAUAUCCAAGUUUUUUGGUGUAAUGAAAAGACAUUUAACAGAUAAUGAAUGGAAAACAGUAGCUAGUUAUUCUAAAGAGUCUGAUCAGAUGAAAAUAUUUUAUAGACAUUGGUGUUUGAAAGAAAGUAUAGUUAAAGCUUUAGGAGUAGGCAUUGGUUUUGAGAUUGGAAAAUUAGAAUUUACUCUACCAACAAGAGAUUUAUCUACCAGUAAAAUAUCUUAUGAUACCACUGUUAAAAUAGAAGGUAAACCUGAUCCUCAAUGGUCAUUUGAAGAAACCAUGUUAGGAGACCAUUGUGUGGCUGUUGCCAUUAGAAACCAAAAUAAUAACAACCAAUCAAAAUCUCAGGUAAUAGCUGCUUUUAUUUUAAUUUUGAACUACUAG